GGGGUGGGCGCGGGGGGCGGCCCGGGCCCCUCGAGCCGGCUCCAGCCCCGCCCGGGCGAGGCGCGGGUUGCCACGCAAACAAUCGCCGCCCCGCCCCCGGGCGCCAGACCCCGCCGGGCACCGAGGCCUCGGGCCGCGCCGCGCAGGACGGGCCAGCUCUGGGUCUGGCAGCAUCUGGGAUCCAAGGCUCUUCAAGGGAAAGCAAACUGCCCUGCUUUACAGCCGCGCCCCUGCGAGGAUGAACCAGCUGAAGGAGGCCCUGCGCGCCGUGGAGCAGCGGUACCGGCUCUUCCAGCAGCAGCAGUUCACCUUCAUCGCGGCCCUGGAGCACUGUCGCGAGCACGCCCACGACAAGAUCCGGCCCGUCUCCACCAUCGCGCAGGUGCAGACCUACAUGGAGCACCACUGCAGCAGCUCCACCUACCGCCGUGUCCUCUGCCUGUUCCUGGACAUCUGCGCGGAGCUCGCCAGGCUCUGCCGGCACCUGGAGGGCCUGCACGCGGGCACACCGGUCACCAGCAACAUCCUGGACAAGUGCAAGACGCUCGUCAGCCCGAGCCACGACCUCAGCAGCCUCCGCGCCAAGUACCCGCACGACGUGGUGAACCACCUGAGCUGCAACGAAGCCAAGAACCACUACGGUGGCGUGGUGAGCCUCAUCCCGCUGGCGCUGGACCUGAUGAAGGAGUGGGUGGCGCACUCGGAGAAGCUGCCGCGCAGGGCCCUGACGCACGUGAGUGAGUCCCAGCUGUACCAGGAUGCCGGCUACCCGCGCCCGCCCGCCCACCCCCAGCCCGGCGCCGGGCUCCCGUGCGGGCUCCGCAUCAGAGACGAGCUUAGGGGGAAGAAGCAGAGCACGCGGCCUCCCUGGAGACCACCCGGCAGGGGCCUGUAGCCCCCUCUGGCCGGCCCUGGCCCCGGUCUGGGGGGCAAGGCAGGCCCACCCACCUUCCAGGACGGCACCUUGGCCGGCGUUGGCGAGCCCGCGCCCCCGGCUAACUGUCGCUCUUUCCUCCGCAGGGGGCGGCUUAGCUUCUGUACCCUUUGCUUCCCGGGGCGGCAGGCAAGAAUAAAGCGUUCCCCCGCCC